UGUGCCACAGCUGUUAAAGGGCAAUUUAUCCAAACUCUGCCAUCUCAUAAUCAUCUCAUCAUUGCUUCCGUAAUAAAUAAAAGGCUACACUGCCAAAACGUUCAUUCAUAACAAUUUCUGAUACAAUAAAGCUACACUACAAAACCAUCUUCUCUCUUUGCCUUCUGCAACAACAAGAAGAACUCCCAACAAUGACCAUGAAAAAAGGGGAAAGUCCAUACAGAAAAGGGUUGUGGACAGUGGAGGAAGACAAGAUACUCAUGGAUUAUGUCAAGGUGAAUGGAAAAGGACAGUGGAAUAAAAUAGCCAAGAAGACAGGUUUGAAGAGGUGUGGGAAGAGCUGUAGGCUAAGGUGGAUAAAUUACCUUAACCCCAACGUGAAGAAAGGCGAUUUUUCCGAGGAAGAAGAAGACCUUAUCAUUAGACUUCACAAGCUUCUUGGAAACAGGUGGUCUUUGAUUGCUAAACGGGUGCCAGGACGAACUGACAAUCAAGUGAAGAAUUACUGGAAUAGUCAUUUGAGCAAGAAACUAGGCAUCAAAGAGCAAAAUCGAAAAAGGGUUGAUUCUUGUCAAAGUUCCAAGCAAGUGAAAGAGCCUGAUCAGGCAGCCAUAGAUCCAAGUCCAGGAGAUGCAACCAGUGGAACCAUGGAAACAGCAGUGAAUCAAAGUAGCCAGAAAGCCACUGAGGUCUUAAACGCUACUCAAGAAUCAGGGAUCAGUGAGAAUUAUGCGAACCCUUUCUGGAUUCCUGGUGAUGAUUUGGAGCUAAGUUCACUAAGCAUGAUGGAGUACCUUGAUGAAUAUUCUUCUUUUGAUCUUGCUUGAUAGGACUUUUCUUAAUUUGGGGGAUUAGUUAUCAUUUAUUUCUCAGUAAUGACUAUAUAACUAGCUUUUCUUAUCCUAUGACAGUUAACCCCUCUAUCCAACUUAAAAUGCUUUGAAGAUUA